CAGGAAUCCCUUCCUGAGGCUGGAAGCAUACUCAGCAUACUCAGCCCACUCUUAUUUCGUUGCUUGGGAAAACGGCAUCAGAGAUGAAGCCAUUGUUGGUUAUAAAAACAGCCUGGAUUCGGCCCCUACCCUGGCCUUUCUCUUCAUCAUCAUCCAGCAAAACAAGCUAAGGCAAGCAACAAAGCCUCAGUCUCAGAAAAACAAUUCGCCUUCUUCUUCUUCUUCUUUCAGCUUUCACUUUAAGUACAGCCUUCAUUCCUUCAUUCUUCUUGCAAUAUCUUCAACCUUCUACCUUCACUUUACUCCACACAUCAAUCAAAAUGCAGGCCAAGGGAUUGUCUCUGAAGGUCGCUCAGCUCACCCCUCCCGAGAGCCCUCCCCCGGAGACCGUUGAGCUCGUCAAGCAGGCUAUUGCCACUACUUUCGAGCCCUCCACCCACGAGGAGAGCCAGCGGCUCGUCGGUACUACCCGGUUCGCCCCUCGUCGCGACAUCAACAACAUCCUCAUCACCGGUGGUGCCGGCUUCAUCGGCAGCUGGGUCACUCGUCACAUGACCGUCCAGUACCCUGAGUACAACAUCAUCUGCUUCGACCGUCUGGACUAUGUCUCCUCGAUGGCCAACAUCGACUGCCUGGAGUCCUUCCCCAACUUCCACUUCGUCAAGGGCAACUUGACCGACCGUGAAAUCGUGGCCGAGACCCUGUCCAAAUACAACAUCGACUGUGUGAUGCACUUUGCCGCCAACUCCCACGUGCAGAACUCCUUCCUUGACCCUACCAGCUUCACUGUCAACAACGUGGUCGGCACCCAGACUCUCCUGGACUGCGUCCGCGAGCACGGCCGCGUCGCUCGCUUCGUCCAUGUCAGCACAGAUGAGGUCUACGGUGAAACCACCGACGACUUCGUCGACGAGACCACGCAGUUCCUGCCCACCAACCCCUACUCUGCCUCCAAGGCCGCUGCCGAGAUGUACGUCCACGCUUACGCCAAGUCCUUCGGCAUCCCCAUGGUCAUUGUCCGCAGCAACAACGUCUACGGACCUUGCCAGUACCCCGAGAAAAUCAUCCCCCGCUUCUUCAAGCUUCUCUCCAAGAACCAGCCCCUCACCCUCCAGGGCAACGGUCUCCACAAGCGCCGCUACCUGUACGGCGCCGACGCUGCCGACGGGUUCGACACCAUCCUCCACAAGGGUGUCGACGGCGAGGCCUACAACAUCGGCUCGGCCUUCGGUGUGACCAACCUCGAGGUUGCCAUCCGCAUGCUCGAGCUGUUCGGCUUCGACCCCCGCUCCGACUUCAAGGAGCGCCUGGUCUGGAUCCCCGACCGUCCCCACAACGACCUCGACUACCGCGUCGACGGCUCCAAGCUCGAGAGCCUGGGCUGGCGCCAGAACACCCACUUCGAGGAUGGACUCCGCGCCACCGUCGAGUGGUACCGCAAGAACAUCGACGUCUGGUGGGCCGAUGAGCCCAACAAGACCGUCUCCGCCAGCAGCACCAACGCCGCCCACAUCGCCGCCCCGGUCCACCACCACCAGGCCCCGAUCAAGGUCAAGAGCGAGAACGCCCAGGUCACGAUCACUGCGACUGAGAUCACUGCUUAGAGUGCCCAUCUCUCUGAUGGAAAAGAUGGAGGAGAAGUAUACUACUAACCAUGGAAGGAAGGCUUAUAGACUUUUCUUUUUCCCACCCACAGCCUUCCCCAAGAAAUUUGGCCCUGCUAUAGAUUGUUUGCGAUACUCACUGAUUGGCGAUGAUUUUUUUUUCUAUUCUUAUUUUGGUUUGACCUUUGAUUCUUGUUCAUCUUUGACCUGACCUAUUUUGGUCUUACUUGCUUUAUGGUUUCGAUAUUGUUUGCGAUGAUGAUCUGUUUUGACUUUGUGUCUUGGACUUGCCCCCUGCUGAUUCUUUUUACCCCGGGCCUAAUGAUCUC